AUGGAUUCACCUUCUUCUUUACACAUAGCAAUGUUUCCAUGGUUUGCUAUGGGACACUUAACUCCAUAUCUUCACCUCUCCAACAAACUAGCCAAAAGGGGACACAAAAUCUCUUUCUUCAUUCCCAAAAAUACACAAACCAAAUUGGGACAAUUCAACCUUAACCCAAACCUCAUCACUUUUUUCCCUCUUAAUGUACCUCACAUUGAUGGUCUUCCCUUUGGUGCUGAAACCACUUCAGAUGUUUCUUUAUCUUUAGGUCCCCUAAUCAUGACAGCCAUGGAUCAAACACAGCCCCAAAUUGAACUUCUCCUAACUCAACUAAAGCCUAAAAUUGUGUUCUUUGAUUUCACCUUUUGGCUACCAAAAUUUGCUCAAACUUUAGGAAUCAAAUCUUUUCAAUACUUCAUUGUUAGUCCGGCAACAGUUUCAUAUACUACAUCUCCACCAAGGAUGUGUAAAGGUACAAACUUGACUGAAUUUGAUUUCAUGAAACCCCCAAAAGGUUACCCUAAUUCUUCCUUUAAUCUUUAUUCUCAUGAAGCAAAGUACCUUGCUUUAAAAAGAAAAUUCGAAUUUGGAAGUGGGAUUCUUUUCUAUGACAGGUUAUAUAAUGGUUUGAACUUCACUGAUGCAAUUGGGUUUAAAGGAUGUAGAGAAAUUGAAGGGCCUUAUGUUGAUUACAUGGAAGAACAAUUUGGUAAGCCUGUUCUUCUUUCCGGACCUGUUUUACCUGAAUCACCAAAAACUGUUUUAGAUGAAAAAUGGGGUUCUUGGCUUGGAGGAUUUAAGGAAGGUUCAAUAGUUUAUUGUGCACUUGGAAGUGAAUCAAAGUUAACACAAGAACAGUUUCAUGAAUUGUUACUAGGACUGGAGUUAGCAGGUUAUCCAUUUUUGGCAAUUCUUAAACCUCCUGUUGGUUUUGAGACGAUCGAGGAUGCUUUGCCAGAAGGGUUUAAAGAAAGGGUUAAGGAAAAAGGGAUUGUUCAUAGUGGAUGGAUACAACAACAAUUAAUUUUGAAACAUUCUUCUGUUGGUUGUUUUGUAACACAUUGCGGGGCUGGUUCGUUGACAGAGGGGAUGGUAAAUAAUUGUCAGAUGGUGUUGAUGCCGCAUUUAGAUAGUGAUCAUAUCAUUAAUACAAAGAUUAUGGGCAGGGAAUUGAAAGUUGGAAUGGAAGUGAAGAAGGGUGAAGAUGAUGGGUUGUUCACAAAGGAAAAUGUUUGUGAAGCUGUGAAAAUUGUUAUGGAUGAUGAGAAUGAGAUUGGUAGAGAAGUUCGGACUAAUCAUGCCAAAUUGAGGAGCCUUUUAUUAAGCCAUGAUUUGGAGUCAUCCUAUGUUGAUAGUUUCUGUGAGAAGCUUCAAGAAUUAGUCAGGUGA